CGGAUUUCGUCAGCAAAAUCGAACGUUUCAACGGCGCGACACCAUUGGCGCGCUCGCGGAGUCGAUCACGCCGGGCGCGCACGAAGUACCAAUCAACGCAGUCCGCGAGCACUCAUCGUCGCGACACUCCGCUCGCUUUAUCACGCGUGGUGCGCGUUUGAUAUGUAUUCCACGGCGAGGAGGCGAGAAACGAGUCCGUUAUCUCAAAUAUAAACAACAGAGAGAGAGAAGGAGAGAGAAGCUCUCGGACGCGAUGAAUGAACGGACGUUUGGUGGGCGGACGUUUAUUUCUCGAUUGAGCAACGGCCGAUUGUAAAUUCGAUUUUUCGCCUUUCCGAGGGACUGGCGCGGAAAUCCCCCCGACAUUGAUGUCUCGGGACAACAAAGGAGGCACACGCGGUGCAAAAACGCUUUGUUCUUCGUGUUAUUUUUACAUCGGAAUUGAUAUAUUUUCGCGUGCGACGCUCUUAAAAUAGAGCGCGGCGGCGGCAGCGGCGUGGUGAUGUAUUUCCCAUACGCUCGCGAACGCAGCGAGGAACAUGAGUUUUGAGGUUACCACGUUCCUGGGUUCGCUUUCGGUUGAGAUUGCUCGACCAUCGAGACGCAUUGUCUUGCACGACGAGGAGGCACGCUAACCAUGGACACCGCGAGCGAGAUAAUAGACGACGACGAAUUCCAGCAGUCGCUGGCCAAGCGGAUUUAUUAUUCGGCGAAGGAUGGAAUGGCGAUCGCCCUUUACACAUUGCUCAACGAAAAAUCGGAUGCCGACGUCAAUCGUCUGAUCAACCAGAAAAUUUUAGAGGAAGAUGGACAGAGUUGUACAGCUUUGAUCAUCGCUGCACGUUAUGGACAUGAUAAGGUAGUUAGAAUGUUGUUAGACAAGUUUAAGCCUGACUUGGAGCAAGAAGGAACGGUUAAGUUUGAUGGAUAUGUCAUUGAAGGAGCUAGUGCGUUGUGGGCUGCAGCAGGAGCAGGACAUUUAAAUGUCGUUAAGACCCUCGUGAAAGCAGGAGCGAAUGUGAACCAUCCGACAAAAACCAAUUCCACCCCACUCCGAGCGGCGUGCUUCGACGGUCGUCUAGAUAUCGUGAAAUAUUUAACUGAUCACCAGGCAGAUAUAAAUAUUUCCAACAAAUUUAACAAUACUUGCCUUAUGAUAGCAGCGUAUAAAGGACAUCUUGAUGUUGUGAAUUUCCUGUUGGACAAAGGAGCGGACCCUAACAAGAAAGCGCAUUGUGGAGCAACAGCGUUACACUUUGCCGCCGAGUGUGGGCACACCGCGAUUGUCCACGAAUUGUUGAAGUACGGAACGAAAAUGACAAAGAACGAGAGCGGUAUGACGCCUUUGAUAGCGGCCGCCGAACGUACGCGCGCCGAAGUGGUCGAGUGCCUAGUGAAGAGGGAGGAAAUGACAAAAGAGGAGAUAAUAGACGCUUACGAACUACUCGGAGCGUCUUACGCUAACGAUAAGGAUAGUUACUGCCUGAUCAAGGCGUAUAAGUACCUGCACCAGUCAAUGGAAUUAAGGUAUAGCGAUACUAAUAAUAUUGUAUAUAAGCAACUAGGUUCAACUGUGAAAGCAUACGACAAUUGGAAAGAAUGCGAAACGCUAGAACGACUAGAAAGUAUCAAAAACAAUCCCAACGCCAUACACAUGGAGUCGCUUACUAUCCGGGAGAGGAUAUUAGGCCUCCACAACCCGGAAUUAACGCAUCCUAUAGUGUUCAGAGGCGCUAUAUUCGCGGAUAACGCCCGAUUCGACCGAUGCAUCGAUCUGUGGCUGCACGCUCUGAAACUGAGGCAGCUGAACAACAUAACCGUCGUGACGGAUCUUCUUCGAUUCGCGCAGGUCUUCUCGCAAAUGAUACACGUGGGUGUCGAUCUGGAUCUCUCACAAGUGAUAAACGUGCUGGAGGCGAGCGUGACGGAAUUGAGCAAGAACAAAGCCAAGAUACAGAAUCCAGAGCUGAGGGAUGACGUUGAGCAGUAUGUUGCCAGACGCACAUUGAGACGCAGGCGGCGCAGGCGGCGCAGGACAUCACAGCACAGCGGAUCACAGUUUUUCGUAACCGAAGAGAUGGAGUCGAACAUCACAACGACCUUGUAUAUCUUAACGAUUUUGACAAAACUGAUGACGCUAAACGGGAACAGAUGUGAUGAAUCGGAUUUGACUAAGGCGCACCAUUUGGUGCACAAGUUGUGCGCGCUGCGCGUAUGCUUGAAAGACGGACAGACUCUGUUGCAUCUCGCUGUAAAUGCCGAAACUCCGGUCGACGAUUUUCACACCAACGAUGUUUGCAAAUUUCCGUGUGCGGCCACGGCGAAGUUAUUGAUUCGUUGCGGCGCGGACGUGAACGCAAUGGACAAUGAGAGAAACACGCCGCUCCACAUUAUUGUUGGUUACAGUAAAUCAAUCAGCGACUUCUCGACUUUGCAUUCAAUCAUAAUGGAGCUCAUAGAAGCUGGGGCGCAUAUGGACACUGUAAAUAACAGGGGGCACACGCCGUACGAUGCGGUCACCACAGGCGUAGCCGAAAUAAUAUUACGAUCACAGACUAAAUUGUCCCUAAAGUGUAUGGCAGCCAAAGCGGUGAAGGCUUACAACCUGUCUUAUGCCGGUAACGUGCCACGUUGCCUCGAAAGCUUCAUAGAGCUGCACGGACCUGGAUUGAAUCAAGGUUGACGAGUGCUCGACGAGUCGCCACGAAGAAUCGAAGUUUCUUGUAAUAUUCUUGUACAAAGUAUGCUGAAAAUGUCGUAAAUAAUGUAAAGUACCGUAUAUAUCGCGUACACUUUCAUACGCAGCAGUAUGUAUGUGCGGCAUACAUAAGCUUGAAAUUCCGUAGAAGAGAGUCUCGCGAAAGAUUAUAUUGACGUGCGAUUUAUAUACAUUGCUUAUUGUUUAUACAGUUCAAUAAUUAUAGGAUUCGUGUGAGAAGAGAGAGGAAAAAAUUGCCUUUUUACGAUACGCAGAAUUUCCCGUGGAGAGGCGAGAAAGUGAUUUUCUGGGCGGAAUUAUCUUUACCGACGGGAGCGGAUGUCUGCGGAUGAUACUAAAACAAUGACGUGUUAUUACGCGUGUGUAAAAGGAAUUCCCGCGGAGGGGCGACAGUUUCGGGUUUCCGUUUUUGUAUUCAACGCGUUGUACACUUUAUAGACGAUAAAUAGCAUAUCGCUGCGAUAGCCACUUCGUGCGUUCGGGUUCAUGUUUUUAUGAGGUUUCGAGUAACCCGAACUCGGAGUCAAAGCUGCCAAGCGAUGGAAUGUGUUGUAAUUACGAGCGGCCAUUGUGUACUCAAUUCGCUCGCUCCGUCGAAGUUCGAGCAGUUUUUAUUAACUUUAACCGUGUAAUUUCUGUGAUAAAUAAAAUCAAACUAAAUGAGCUUUUCAAACAACGAUUGGUUCAUCUGUAGCGUGUACGUACAUGUGUGUGUAUGUGUGUGUAAAUUGAAGAUCGCACAACUGCUCGAGAUCCACGUUGCUCCUCGUUUCACACGAAGGAAUAACGUUACGAACGAACAAUAUCCGGAAAGGUGUUAAGAGAUCAGAUAAACUGGUGUGUCAAUUGCCAUAUCAAAUUUAUUCAAUAUUUACACACGCAAUCUCUCUGUAUACAGUCGUGGGGAGAAUUCGGGGGGCUCUGCGGGGAGGGGGGAGGGGAGGGGAAGAAAAUGAGAUAUGCGAGAAUAUACAUACGCACACAAAUACUCUUUACAACGUAUUAUUUACAAUUGUUUACAGGCUCGUUUUUAUUUUACCUAUUAUACACAUUUUACAACGGCGCUCUCGCUUAUCAAUUAACACUUCUGUACAAAUAUACACGCGUGCUGAAGAUCUUUUGGCAAAAGAAACGUAGAGAGAAAGAGAGAGAGAGAGAAAAAGAGAGAGAGAGAGAGAGAGAGA